AUACAAACAGCCAUUGAACACCAAUGAGGUCAUGGAUUCCAGGCAAAGAGCUUCAACCACUUGUCCCCAGUCUGGGAAGGAAAAAAAUAUCACCCCCUGAUAAGUGUGAUGCCUAAGUGAAAGGACAGGAGAAGGUUUGUUGUGGAUUUGUUCAGGCUUAAGGGGGAGCUUUACACAAAAAGAAACUGCAAGCAAACCCUGCUAGGAUCAUUACAAAAUUUUGUUUGGGUUUUUUUUUAUGGUUUCCUGCCUUGCUUCAUUGCCUACCAGUUAAAGACUGAGUCAUUCCAGAGUUACAGAACUGCACAGAGCUCGGAUUUUCUCAAGCCAAAAGCUGAUCUCCAUCCACCAAUCUGGAGCUAAACAGAGCAGCUGAGUACUAUUAAGCCCUAACUAAAGCUCCCAGGCAGCUACUCUCCCCAUUCACCUCUCGGCUACUACAGAAAUGCCUCGGGAAUACAAAACAAUCCUCCUCUGUGUUUUGACUAUCUACAUCACAUCAUUGGUGUUGGGUGUAGAAGAAACGCAGGAAUAUGAUGAGUGUGCGGACCUCAAUAACACCACCUGGCUGGAGUACCGGCAGCAGAGAGUCAAGCUACAGGUUCAGUAUCUGCUGCUGACGAGGAGAAACGUGGACUGUGCACAAAUGUUCAACCAGGAGUCCCUCACUAUAACACAGUCCUCCUACUUCAACAUCUCCCGCCCAACCAAGGUCAUCAUCCACGGGUACAGGGCUCUGGGCAACAAGCCGUCCUGGGUGAAGGAGCUGGCCCGGGCUCUGCUCAGGGCACAGGAUGUGAACGUGCUGGUGGUGGACUGGGUCUACGGCGCCUCCUUUGCCUACAAUCUGGUGGUGGAGAAUUACAAGGAGGUGGCUGUGCAGAUCUCUGUCCUCAUCAACCAGCUGCAGAAACAUGGAUGCAAACUAGAGUCCUUCCACUUCAUCGGGGUCAGUCUUGGGGCGCACGUCGCUGGUUUUGUGGGGACUCUGUUUGAGGGGAAGAUAGGAAGAAUCACAGCCCUCGACCCUGCUGGACCCAUGUUUAAAGGAGCUGACACCUUUGACCGGCUGGACCCCUCUGACGCUCAGUUUGUUGACGCCAUCCACACAGACGCUGACUAUUUUGGCAUUUCCAUCCCUGUCGGUCAUGUGGACUUCUAUCUGAACGGAGGAAAGGAUCAGACUGGAUGUGCCCGCUCCAGGUUUGCUUCAAUUCUGGUCUACUUUCCAGUGUAUGGCUAUGUGAUAUGUGACCACAUGAGGGCGCUGCACGUCUACAUGAGCGCGCUGAAUGGCUCGUGCCCAUUAAUAGGGAUCCCAUGCUUCAGCUAUGAGGACUUCCUGAAUGGACACUGUGUGAACUGUGACGUCUUCAAGGGGAGGUGUCCAACUAUAGGUUUAUCAGAAAAAAAUGGGAUAACCAUAUCUCCAAUUCCCAAAGAGCAGAAGCUAUUCCUCCUCACCACGUCUUCACCACCUUUUUGCUCUCAUCACAUCCUGCUGGAGUUGGAGGUUUCUCCCCUGGAUAAGAGUGCUGAGGUGCAGGUGAAACUGAGGACUGCGAACCUGGGGAAAGAGCAGAGGCUCAGGCUUCAGACAGAUAAAACAGUGUACAGGACAAUGUUGAGUCACGCUGCUGCUCUGUGUGAGAUCGACUCCAUCGAGGUGAAGAACACCGGAGCUCGCUUCUACAGACAGGGAGACAUCCACAUCAAGUCUGUCUGUCUCUCCGAAGUCCCCUCUCUCAGGCGAGAGGAGCCACUGUGUGUGAACAACAUCCAUAUUAGCCGAGGAGCUCCGUGGUCACAUGAUUUUGUGCAGGUGUGUGAUCUCUUCUAAAGAAAGAGAUCUACUACUCAUCAUCAUCUACAGUGAAGUCACCCACCAACAUGUACCAACAUGAACCCGUUUCACACUUUCACUAACUUGUUUAAAGGUGCAAUGUGUAAGAUUUGGCCAGAACUUUUUCCUAAAACAUUAAAAAUGAACUAACAUGAAGAAGUAACCACUCUGAUGUGAUGUCAAAGAUGUCUAUUUAUUAUGUAGCAGAGAUAUCUACUGAAGUUAGCAUGCUAACCUGCUAGCCCCGGCCUGUCCUGUGUUGUAAUACCACUUUAGACAUUAGUGAGUCACUCUAUUAUUAUUAUUAUUAUUAAACCUUUAUUUAACCAGGAAAAUCCCACUCUAGCGUCCAGUCUGUGCCCUCAGUCCAACAUGAAUGGACAAAGUAGAGCUGCCACAAGGCCAAGGCCUUUUGGUUCGUGUCACAGAAACACAAAAAUGGCUGAAUGACUUUUAUCACCACCCCAACCAUCCGCUCCUGGCAAAGGACAGAAGCGAUGUUAAAAGAUACAAAACAAGAGUUUGGUGGAAGUUUGCAUAUUAUUGCCCGACUGUUAGAUAGUAGUUGGCUUUUUUUAAAUAACUGGGAUUGUAUCGAGCCAGUAGUAGACCGACUGAAGAAAUGUAGAUUGGUUCACCACAUUACAAGCACUUGGCAUCACUGUUAUCAGAUGAGGCAAGAUUGUAAGUAUGGAAAGUUUGCUGUAUAUAUUUGAGGACAUUACAAGCUUUAUUACGCGUGUCUAACUGUACACAAUCUACUAACUGACAAAAUGCAGUCUGGUCGUAAUUCAUCAUUUAGCUUGUGUAAUCAACUGAUUUUCCAGCAUAAUGAUUCACAACGCAUUCAUACAAUUGCUGCAUAACCGUUAAGUUUCCCUCCCUUUAAGGUGAGUCCCAGACAUUUACUCAUUUAGCUGACGCUUUUAUCCAAAGCGACUUACAUUUGCUUUAAAUGUCAGAGGUCGCAUGCCUCUGGAGGAGCUAGGGGUUAAGUGUCUUGCUCAGGGACACAUUGGUGGAUGUGUCACUGUGGGGAAUUGAAUCCAGGUCUUUCACACCAAAGGCAUGUGUCUUUUCCACUGCCCCAUUACCACCCCCAACUUUCUGAAUAAAUGAGUCCUUUGACUCUGUUAAAACCCUCUCUCUUUUUCUUUUUGUUCCCAGACUCAAAUUCAUUGUCCAACAGUGAUUUCUGGCUGUAUCUCGGCCCCAGGCCUGCCCUGUUGAUACGUGUAGUACACCCACAGUUACUGUGGCGAGAAUUGUUUUCCGUAGGCCCCCCUUGAAAAACUUACCAGAAAGAUAGUGUUACCCAACAGCAUAGCGGUGAUCAAGCCCCAGACUCUCAGCCGUGCACGGUCUUUACCUUCAGCCCUGAGCAUCCAAGUCCACUCACACGAGUGCUCCGCCGUCAACGCCAAAAUGUUGUGAAAAUUUUGUUGGAAUAAACACUUCCAGGCAAA